CUCGCUGUGUGGGAUUAACUGUGCAAGAGACGCGAGCAGCACGGAGCGAGCAUCAGACGACUUACCCUUAUUCAAUUGUCCGUGGCCGGCCGGGGAAACCCUAACGCAAACCUCAUUGCAACUUUGGCGCAAAACCAUUUUUUCCCCACGCUAUUUCAUUGUCUUGUUUUUUUCUCCCCUUCCCCGCUGAGCACAGUGGAGACGCAUAAUAUUAAAUUGGCAGAGACUCGCAGCUUAAAUGAGAGAGAGGCUUGAGACUGGGAAGUGAAUUCAUCUUGAUGAAAAGCUUGCACGUUUGACAUCCUUCGGCGCAUGCAUCAUUUGAUCACCAGAGCUGCUUUUGGAAUGCGUCUUCCUUAGGAGCUCGGACUCUGGUAGCUAGAGGAAUUCUUCCUGGCUCACCUGCGCGAAGAUAGCGAGCGAGCGAGCGACCGACCGGUGGGAGAGAAAAAAUAAGCACGCACUGGUGGGACGGAGCAAGUGAUAGAAGCAAGGGUAAAGGGAGGAGAGCGGAGAGGAGCGGAGAGGAGCGGAGCGGAGAGGGUCGACGGAUCAAGUGGCACCGUGUCAAGUUCUCACGAAUGGGAUUCUUUACUAACCGUGCGGAUGGAGGGAUGAAACACGGAGAAAAAACAACCGGGGAGAGAGAGCAAAAGAGACGAAGGCGAGAAGAAGGACGCCGUCGACCGCUGUGCCAAUGCAGAAUGGACGCACCCUUCUGAAAGGAAGACUGAAGUCGAAACCUAAACAGGAUUUACACACACCUCAAGGGAUGUUCAUUGAUUAUGCACCUCCAUUAAUGGAACCUUACAUUGUGGAGUUACGACUGACUGAAUUGCAAUGAUGGCAUUUGAAGAAAUAACUGAGCCCUGACGCUUGGCCAUCGAAGCAAGCCGACGUGCACAAAAAGGAGUCAAGCAAAACGGGAGUUUCUUCCUACCAGUAACCUCAUCAAUGGCAAUCUACUGUAACAUGUGAAUUCUGAAGCACAUUAUCCACUUCUACAUCUGUCAAGGUUGACAAGCAGGGACCAUGGAGAGGCUUUUCCUGUUUGUGAUGCUGGCGGUGGCCGUGGCGGUUCGUGCACAGAUCUGCCCAAAGCGUUGCGUUUGUCAGAUCCUGUCACCCAACCUGGCCACACUCUGCGCCAUGAAAGGUCUACUAUUUGUUCCGCCAAACAUCGACAGGCACACGGUGGAACUGAGGCUGGCCGACAACUUUGUCACCAGUGUAAAGAGGAAAGACUUUGCAAACAUGACGCGGCUUGUGGACCUCACGUUAUCCAGAAAUACCAUCUCCUACAUCACACCUCAUGCCUUCACUGAUCUGGAGAACCUCCGAGCUCUGCAUCUCAACAGUAAUCGGCUGACAAGGAUAGGCAACGACACGUUCAGUGGCAUGUCCAAGCUCCACCACCUGAUUCUGAACAACAACCAGCUGGUACUGAUCCACCAGGGAGCGUUUAAUGACCUGCUUGCACUAGAAGAAUUGGAUCUCAGUUAUAAUAACCUUGAUUCCAUUCCAUGGGAGGCCAUUCAGAAAAUGACAAGCCUUCAUACACUGAGUUUGGACCACAACAUGUUGGACUUUAUCCCAGAGGGGACAUUUUCAUUGCUCCAGAAACUCAACCGGCUUGAUGUCACCUCAAAUAAACUGCAAAAGCUCCCACCUGACCCUCUCUUUCAACGAGCACAGGUGUUGGCCAACUCUGGGAUCUUGAGCUCCUCAACCUUUGCACUAUCAUUUGGUGGAAACCCGCUGCAUUGCAACUGUGAGCUACUUUGGCUGCGAAGGCUUAACCGAGAGGACGACUUGGAGACGUGCGCCUCACCUCAGCACCUCUCCGGACGCUACUUUUGGUCCAUUCCCGAGGAGGAGUUUCUGUGCGAACCCCCACUCAUAACGCGAUACUCCCAUGAGAUGAGGGUCCUCGAAGGACAGAGAGUGUCACUCAGAUGUAAGGCCAGAGGUGACCCAGAGCCAGCGAUACAUUGGAUAUCUCCCGAUGGCAAACUGGUCUCAAACUCCUCCAGAAUGCUGGUCUACGUCAACGGAAGUCUGGACAUCCUCAUCAGUACUGUAAAAGACACAGGCUCUUUUACCUGCAUCUCCUCCAACCCUGCUGGCGAAGCUCACCAAACUGUCGACUUGGUUAUCAUUAAACUCCCGCACAUCUCCAACAACACCAACAACAUUCAGGAGCCUGACCCAGGAUCGUCUGACAUUUCCACAUCUACCCGUAGCGGAAGCAACGGAAGCAAUGUGACGGGCGACGUGAAGGGUGGAGUAGAAAAGAGGGUGGUGAGCGCCGAGGCCACGUCGUCGACGGCGCUGAUCAAGUUUAACUUCCAGAGGAAUAUUCCAGGUAUCCGGAUGUUCCAGAUCCAAUACAACGGGAGCCAAGAUGAUUCACUUGUGUAUCGAAUGAUCCCUCCAUCAAGUAAGAGCUUCCUGGUCAACAACCUGGCAGCAGGAAGCCAGUACGAUCUAUGCGUGCUGGCCAUCUACGACGACAUCAGCACCUCCCUGACGGCCACCCGCGUGGUAGGAUGCGUGCAGUUCACCACCGAGUCCGAGUAUAUGAGAUGCCAUUUUAUGCAAUCCCAAUUCCUCGGCGGGACUAUGAUCAUCAUCAUCGGAGGGAUUAUAGUGGCUUCUGUGCUCAUUUUCAUCAUCAUCUUGAUGAUACGUUACAAGGUGUGCAACCCAGGAGAUGGCGUUAAAGGCAUGUCAAUGUCCAUGACCAACGUUCACUCUCAGACAAACGGGCAAAGGUGCAGCGUGACCCCCAGUAACUCCAAGCACGCCUCCAUCGGAUUGGAGGACCUGUCAAAGAAGAAGAGUGGAGGGAAGGACGCCGCCACUGCCGCCACCACCACCACCACCACCACCACCACCACGCUUUCAUCCAACUCCUCCCUACCCGACUGCUCCACGGACACAUCUGUUCUCAGCCAGCAUUGGACAACACUUGGGGCUGAAGAACAAGUCAAAGUGGGUGAGGAGAGAGCUCGAGCCAGCCUCUCCUCGACCGCCGCCACCAGCUCGCUGGGCAGGCCAAAGCGGAAGCCCGCUCCAAGUAAACCGGGUUCGGCUUGCUCAAACACCUCAGCCGCCCCGGAGAACCUCCCGAGCGCGUGCCCUCGCGCUCCUUCUGCCUCGACCGCCUCUUCCACUCCUCUAGAUACGCUCAACACCAACCGCAACAAUUCCACCUCACUUAACCAAGGGCAGCCGCCUCCUCCCAUUGGCAACCUUCGUCCACUUCCCUCCGUCCGCUAUCGGGAAACGCCCAUUCUGCGCCGGGCGCCUCGUGCCCGCACCUCCUCCGCUGCCAAGUACCAGACUCUCCCCGUGGAGGAGGGAGGCCGGAGCAGGCCGAGGAGGAGAUAUUCCCUCAGCGAAGGGGGCUCAAAGACUCUGGCGUACAAUCCAGGGAGCGCGGCAAAAUUAGGACGCAUGGUGCGGGACAAAAGGAGUCAAUCCAUGAGCGGAAUGCUCUUCUCCAAAGAUGGCGAGGGCGACUCUAAUAGAGGGCGCUGUGAUUCGGACUGGAUCUUGGAAAGCACGGUUUAAAUUGAAACCAGACAACACGUUAGCUAUUGUUAUUUUGGGUGUGGCGUGCGUCUGUUUGUGGGACUGGAAGCUCAAGUGAGCCUGUGACAUCAAUAUUUGUGUGAGCAUGGACAAGGAGGAGUCUAUUUCUGGGUGACAAAUGGUCUUCUUUUGAAGGCUUUUUUAUGUCUGUUUCACAAGCAUUUUUUGACACCUUUGUUUCCAAGUCUAUCCUUGAGCAAGUGGAGAUCUUGCCUUGCCUUGUCUCGUUGCGUCCUCGACUUGUCCUGUUGGUUCCACUUGAUAGCACAAAAGAAUACAAGUCAAUGGGCUCACUGCAUCAUUUUCACUUGAUCUGCAAAUACCACAAAAAAGGGAGGGAAAAAAAGAGAAUGAAGAUAAAUAAUGUCCAUCUGUCUAGAGUCGACAGCAAGUGUGUGUGUGACCACGCCGUGGCAAGAGAUACUAGCAGUCGGUGCCUUCUUUUGCACAAAAAUACUCCAAGCGGAAGUAGCUCUCGGUCGGACAAACGUUUUCACACAGCCUUGUGUUUCUUGGCAAAUAGACUGAAUAUCAAAUGGAAACUUUAUGGACCUCUUAUGAAAUUGAUCUUUUUUAAAAGGGAAAAAAAAGAACCUACGAAAACAAAGCUUUUGGCUGACGUUGGUAUACUUCAGCCUGGGUUGUUGGUCACAUGUUACCGCAAAGCUCAUGUACAGAAAAAGACAACAUGUACUGUGUUGUUAUGUUGUGUAAAAUAAA